AUGUCGAAGGGGCAAGAGUCGGCGACCGAUUUCAAGCCAAGGGAGACCUGGAGGAUCUUGAAGAAUGUUGUCGUCAUCAGCAUAGCUUUCAUGGUUCAUUUUACAGCGUACAGUGGAGCAGCCAACUUACAGAGCUCGAUCAACGCCGAAGCUGGUCUGGGAACGGCGUCGUUAGCCGCGGUCUACGCAGGACUGAUUUUCUCUAACAUCUUCCUGCCCGUAAUUGUUAUCAAAUGGCUCGGCACCAAAUGGGCGAUGUCUUUGUCGUUCGUGACGUACAUGCCGUACAUCGCCGCGCAAUUGCUGCCUCGCUUUUGGUCCAUGAUCCCGGCGGGGCUGGUCGUGGGCUUCGGCGGUGGACCGCUGUGGUGCUCCAAAUGCACUUAUCUGUCCGUGGUAUCGGAAGCUCACAGCAAAAUAUCCGGCAUUCCAGCGGAAGCACUGUUGACGCGUUUCCUUGGGCUGUUUUUCAUGAUCUUCCAACUGAACCAAGUCUGGGGAAAUCUAAUAUCUUCUUUGGUACUUUCGUCUGGGGACAACGAGGCGGCGGUGACGGGCUUAAAUGACACCCAGAUCCAUGAACUGUGCGGUGCCAACUUCUUGCCGAGCGCCGACGCCGGCGAGGCCUUGCAGCAACAGCCCCCCGAGAAGAUCCAAAUGAUUGCUGAUAUAUACUUAGCUUGCAUGGCUGGUGCAGCCAUUAUCGUUGCAAUUGGUGUUGAUUCCAUGAAGAGAUACGACAGUGGACGCUCCGGCUCUAGUUCUGGUAAAUCGGGCAUGGAACUGCUCGCAGUCACUCUCAAGCUAUUAGUGGAGCCUAACCAGAUGAUGCUGGUCGUCAUUAACAUCUUCAUUGGUCUCCAGCAGGCCUUCUUCGGUGCCGAUUUUACUGCUGCUUUUGUCUCGUGCGCCAUCGGCACUGGCACCGUCGGCUUCGUGAUGAUGACAUAUGGAAUUUCGGACGCGAUCGGCUGUAUUGUCACGGGGUACAUAGCGAAGGUGACCGGCCGCUUACCACUGAUAUGUACCGCGGCAAUAGUACAGGCGGGGUUGUUCGUGUCCAUACUGACCUGGAGGCCGCACUCGGACGAGGCAUAUGUGAUGUUUGUGAUUGCCGUUCUCUGGGGUCUGUGCGACUCCGUCUGGAUGGUACAGAUGAAUGCUUACUACGGAAUUCUAUUCCCCGGUAGAGAAGAAGCGGCGUUCUCAAACUUCAGACUAUGGGAGUCUGUUGGUUAUAUCAUUGCAUAUGUCAUUUCACCGUACCUGAGGACCAGAGCGAAGACUUACCUGUUGAUUGUUAUGAUGAUCGCGGGCAUAAGUCUCUACUUCGUGGUCGAGUACAGGGACAGAAGAGCGAAGAAGAAGAUGGAAGAGAAGAAGAAAGACUUAUACGCGAUCGGUUGUGAUAAUAUAGCUUUUCAAAACGUUGAA